AUGGCGAUCGAGAGCCGGGCGACGCAGAUUGCUGCGAUCGGAUACACUUUUGUGAUUCUUUCGACGAUCGCGACAUGUCUGCGUGUUUACUGUCGUGCCUUUGUCAUCAAGGCUUUUGCGCUGGAUGAUUGGUUUGCUGUGAUUGCACAGUUCAUGUUUAUCGUUUUCGUCUCGCACGAAAUCGCUGGUGUUCACUAUGGUACCGGUCGUCACUUCAAGGAUAUCGAGCCAGACCAUCUCGUCAAGGCCAUGCAGAUGUGGUGGACCUGCGAACCUACAUACGUUCUCUCCAACAUGGCUGUCAAAGCCAGUAUUGCCAUCUUCCUGCUGCGAAUCUGUGUCACGCGAACACACCGAUGGAUCAUCUACAUCACCACCGCCGUGACCGAAAUCUACAGCUUGUUCUUCUUCCUACUCUUCGUCCUGCAAUGCCGACCUACAUCUCUGUUCUGGCUUCGAUACAAGGCCGAGCCUCCUUCCGGAAGCUGUCUGGAUGCUCAGGUUGUCGCUAAUGCCUUUUACGGUUACUCGGCUGUCAGCUGUGCGUCUGAUUGGACAUAUUCUAUCCUUCCCAUGUUCCUUGUCUGGAAGCUGCAGAUGAGCAAGCGAACAAAGAUCUCUGUUGUUGGUAUUCUCGCAGCUGGUGCCAUUGCUUCCAGUGCUACCAUCAUCCGAUUCCCCUACCUGUGGACCCUGACCGAUAUCGACGACUUCCUAUACUCCACUUCCGACGUUGCUAUCUGGUCCACUGUCGAGACCGGUCUCGGUAUCACCGCCGCAGCCGUCGCUACCCUCCGACCCCUUCUCCGCAACUUCCUUGGCCAAGGAUCCUCUGCCGAGGGUGGUGGAAACUCUGCUCGCCCCUGGCAAAGAACUGGUGGCAGCAACCACCCUACUGGAGGCUACCUCCGCAGCACCGGUCCCAACGGCGAGGAAGCUUUCGAUCUCCACGACACCAGCAGCAAGCGCAUCGGAGUCACAACCAUCAUCGAUCACGGUGACGACGCCAAGGGUAGUGACAGCGGAUUCAAGCGAAACAGCCGAUCUGAUGAGUCUGACUCUGUUGCUGAGCUUCGUGACUGGAACACCAGUGACUCGGACCUUGCUGGUACAGCUGAUAAGAACGGUCAACAAAGACCAGAGAAGGGCUGGAACGUCUUGGUUAAGAAGACUGUUACGCAAACGAGAGGGUCUGACAUGGCAUGA